GCCUUACUUGCCCAAAGCUCACCGAGGCAACCUUCACCAACUUCUCAGACGCCCUCCCUCAGGUCACAAUGCCUGGCUGGGAUCGAUUCCGCUUCUCCAUCAAGCGGAAAAGAUCCGCCCGAUCCGCCUCAUCAGCCGGCAGUGCCGUCUCCGCCCGAACCCUCGGCUCCCAGGUUUCUGACGACGCAAACGGCCCUAUUUACAGCACGCUCCAGGCGCUACUCGACAUGCUAUGGGAUUUUCCACGGAGUUUCUCCAAGGACACCCGAUUUGGCAACAUCAAUUUAUCUCUUGAGACUUUUCGCGAUCAGGUUGCCCAGGCCCAGAGCUGCAUUUAUGAUGCGGCGGAGAGCGUUGUAGGAGGAAGCAAGUUAACUACUUCAAAGGACGCAUAUAUGUAUCUCACCGUCGUGAACGCUGACAGUGUUGGUGUAGAUUACGUUCACUCGCAGUUAGUCAUACUGUACGACGACACACGAUUACUCCUCAAAGAGUUCUCUCCAGAUGCGGUUCAACAGGGAAUCGGAAAACGCCAGCAGUUGUCCCGAGACGAAGCAUACGAUGAGUUUGCUCAGAAAGUCGCGUCACUACGGCAACGAUUCGAGGGCUGGUCGAGCCGCCACCUCUCAAUCCCAUCUCAGCUGUCACCGUCGGCACUCCAAGCUGCUUCGUCACCAAACAGUAUUCCUCAGAUAUACGGAAGCGCCUUCGGCCUCAUUCCCAACCCAAUCGCCCGACUUCCGCCACACCACAUUUUCCACAUUAUCGUCUUUAAAAACGAGCGCCCUGGACUCUUUUACACCUCACCCACUGAAGACUCCAUAGCCAUUAAGCGAGGGGACCAAGUCGUCGUCUCAACCGACGAUACAGGCGGCGAGGACUUCGGUCUGGCGUUUCGGUGCGACAUAGCACCAGACACAGCCAGGGACGUCCUCCACCGCCACGUCAUCAACCACCAACAACUCCUCGCAAGGCUAUCAUCGCUCACCUGGGCGAGUAUCCCGCAGACGCCGGGGCGCGAGGACUUUGUUCUCACCGAGGCGGACCGGCCGAGGCGGGUAUUGCGGCUUGCGAGCGAGGACGAGAUUGCGGACGCCGAGACGGGGAAGAAGAAACGGGAGGAAGAGGUAAUGAAAUAUUUCAAGGGGUAUGACACGACGCGGACGAUGGCCUCUGACCCCAGCGGACGACUCGCGACGUUGGGUUUCGAGGUGCUGGAUGCGGAGUUUCAAAGUGAUUACAAAAAGCUCCGUCUGUAUUGCGUCCGUAACCAAGGCUGCUAUGGCCUUCAGAACUUCGCGGCUGGGCUUUGCGAGAAGUAUAACGUGGCGGUCGAGUUGCGGGAGUUUCUUCAUCUGGGAUCGGACCUACCUGUUAGUAGCCAGGUUGCAGACAGCACGCUUGGGAGCACUGGGCGAGGCGCUCGAAGGAGGAAACUCAGCGGUUUGAGCUGGUUCGGCUAGUGGGGGUAGAAGAGUAGUAUCGAGUUGGUUGACCGUCUGUCGCUCUCAAGUGAAACACGGAUCAAAUUGCCUCUAUCCUGGUGUCUAAAUGAUUGCUAUAUAUAGUUGAUGUGUGUGAUGCGGAUGGAACCCAUAAGGUUUUCUGCUUCGUCCAUCCAGACUUGACUGAGACUAAGUACAUUUCGGCUUUGGCUAAUGAACGUUGUGUGUGAUUUAGCUAGAUGCAAUGAGAUUUACGCUGAGCACACACACCAU